AUGCCCCGCCUCGUCCGCCGCCGUCCACUGGCGGAGCGCAUUGGAUCCUAUUUGAACCCUUGGGACUUUCUACUCUGGGUGUCUGAGGAGAUCGAAGGAAAUGACUGGGACCAACUGGAAAAGGACUGGGGGAUGGCUAUUGGGAUUGCGCUGAAUGCGAUGUUUGUCAUCGCGCGAGCAAACAGUCAGUCGAGUGGGAACAAAGCCAUUGACGACGUGUUUGGGGAGGAAAGUGGCGUGGCUUGGGGUAGCUGGCUGGCAUCGAUUACCACUUCAUGUCUAAGUUUGAUUUCGUUCGCCAAUGCUACCUACACCUUUUACAAAACAAGAUCAUAUCGCCUGUUUGAAGCAGCCAUUGACAAGACACCUGCGACACCAUCUGCUCAACGAGUGCGAGUUGAUUCGAGUCCCAUGAUCGCGUCGCCGAUACGAUAUCUCGCCAAUGCGCUUUCCACAGAGCCAGCAGAGUCCAGGGCACAUCCGGACGCACACCGCGAUGUUUGGCAGCUUUCUGUUUGGGAUCCCUUACCGAUCUGUUUACGAUUGUUCUGCUUGUUCAGCCCCGGACAUGUCAUGAUUUACUGGCUUUUGCUGCCGACGCAGCUUUCUGAUCCUCGCCCCAGUGUGACGAUAGUGACGACUAUCCUCUUUGCAUCGGUGCUCUCUGCCCAGCUGUCGUUCCUUUCAUAUUUCCACAAGCAGCAAGCCAAGGAUUUGACCUUGGUGCACAAGGAGGUUCUGAAGGAAUAUGACACCAAAUUCGUGCAUCCACGGACCCAGCCCUUGAUGCGCGACGUUGGCACACAGUUCUCUGAUACGAGUGCUGGAAGUUCCGACACCAAAUACAACAAGGUCGACGUAUAUACCCCGGCCUUCAAUAUCCAAGGUGGAUUUAAGACCAGUCCAAACCCGAACUAUUUGAGCCAUGUCGAUCCCGAAGGACUUUCUCCCAGGCGCCAAGCCACCGCCUACUCUACGCCCAGCUCUACCAUCUUCCAAACGCAGCCAUCGUUGAACACACCACAACUUUCGCGAGACGCUUCCCCCUGCACCAGUACGGGCGACGGAGGCAGCCUGGGAGUUUACUCCCAUGCUAAUUCCCCUCUGCGCAAGUCGGCAUCGACUGCCUUUGACCGCCGACUGCAAAGCAACGGUGAUUUCUUUUACAAGGAGCGCGGCACGAGUCCACUGAAGAAGCCGUCGAGUCCUCUCAAGCGCACCAGCGUGCCGGGACCCGCGAGUCCUGCGGUUGGCGUGCAUAGACCAGGAGGUAGUUUGGGUGCCCGUCGAGAAACGGGCCGCUUCUAG